UAAAUACUUUUAGCUUUAAAAUCCACAUUAAAAUAUCCACAGAAGAGUUCCGCGUUAUUGGCUUUGGCCCUCCACCCCUGUAUGGACCCGGUCGGUUGUUUAGCCAUGAAGCUUUGCCGUCCUGUUGCUCCGGGGCCAGUGGGCCAGCCCUGAAGGGGAUCACUGCUGCUCAGGCUCAGUCGUGCUGCUUGGGCUGAGGUGACUGAGGAUGCAGCAAGGGAGCUGAGGAAGAGACUCCUGACACACACAUCCAGAGCUGCUGCUGCGCACUGCCCUCCAUCAGGGGGGACUCUCUAGUUGGCCUGGACCAUGAGCAAUGAGUCUACCUUCUGGAACAUCCUACCAGAAAACUCCACAGAGAUCCCAUUUGAGGCUGAGGAGCAGCAGGAUGGCUACGUGCUCCUCCUGGUGAUCCUGUCCAUCCUCCUGGUAGGAACGUUGAUCUUCAUCUCUGUCCUCCUCAUCACCUGCCGCAGAGGAGGCCAAUUCUGUGCCAGGGCCAGCGAUGACCCUGAGAAAACCAACACCACCUACGUGGAGGAGUCUCAGCCCACCCAUGAAAUCACCAUCAGGGUGGAUGAGUCCGAAUGCAUGUCAAUGGCCAGCUUUCACGACCAGGAGACCGAGCGCUUCCUCUCCACGGGAACAAUGGGCCGUCGCGUCUCCUUCAAUGAGGCUGCGCUCUUCGAUCAUGGCAAGAAGGCCCAGGAGAAGGGCCGCAGGUACACUCUGACCGAGGGCGACUUCCACCACCUGAAGAACGCCCGGCUCACACACCUCCACAUCCCUCCCCCCUCCCUCAAGAUAGUCACCAUCCACGAGUGCGAUUCGGCCGAGAACAGCAUCACCAUGACGACUCGUCCUGUCGCUAAGUCGGCACUUUCCAUCUUCCAGCCGAUGCUCUGCCCCCUACCACAAACUGCGCUGACCAGCCUGAGUGUCAAUCCCAGCUGUGCCCUCCCUGGAGAUGCUCUGAACUCAGUGGUGAACACCAGCUUCAGUGAGAACACUAUCGCUCUCGGCACCAAAGGGCGAAUAACCAGCUCUAUCGAGAUGAUGGGAGCGGGGCCCCGGGGCCGAGGCAGCAGUGUUAGUGUUGGAGAAGGGGCCUUGGUGAGGAGCGGGGGUUCCCCUUAUGCGGCAGGAAGCCAGGGGCCUGUGCUGCAGUUCUUCACUAAACUGCGGCGCCAUGCUAGUCUGGAAGGGGCCAGUCCCUACUUCAAGAUCAAGAAAUGGAAGCUGGACAGCAGUCAGAGGGCCUCGAGUCUGGACACCAGAGGCUCCCCGAAGAGGAGACAUUUCCAGCGUCAACGAGCCGCCAGUGAGAGCAUGGACCAGGAGGACAACGACGCGCACCACAUAGACCUCAUCCAGUACAUCGCCCGCACCCAGGACCUCCCCUACUGUCCCAGCAGCCACCCCACCACACGCCUCCUCUCACCUCCUUCCACACCACCUCCCUCCCUCGGCAGGGUAGAGGUGGAGGUGAUGGUGGAGGCCAGCUGCAGCCAUGGCGGACCAGGGGUGAUUGGCCUAUCCCCUGAUCCCCAGGAUGAAGCACUGUCCCUAUCAAGAAGGGAAGGUGCAGACCCUCUGGACCCGCCAGAUCCCCAGGAUGAAGCACUGUCCCAAUCAAGAAGGGAAGGUGCAGAUCCUCUGGACCCGCCAGAUCCCCAGGAACCCCAGUCCCUUUACAAAGACAUCUGGAGCCUUCGUGCAACACUGGAAAAAUACGCCGCCUCCGACCACAGCAGCAACAACGACAGGAACUCCGUCUGCAGCGAUGUGGAGAGUGUGUGUUCUCUGGGGGGGCGCACAGAGAAAGGAGGGCUCCCCAGCUACCCGUCCCAGGAGUUAGGGGAUGAGGCAGAGGGUGCAGAGGACAUUUCAAUGUUUAUUGAUGAGAGGUUGGAGGUGAAAGAGGGAAGAAAGAGGAAACAGGGAAGCACAGACUCAGAGCGAGGGAGCAGCGAUGGAGAAACAUCGACUCGUAAACUGCUGCAGAUGGACAGCGGCUACACGUCGAUAGAGGCUCCGUGUCGCGGUCCAGAAGACUUGCGACUGUUUGGGAGCGCCAGCAGCAGCCCGAAGGACAGAACAGCCCACGAGAAAAGGCACCACUUUACCAGCGCAGGGCGAAGUGGCACUAUCGGUGAGAGCUUUGAGUCUCACCUCUUUGAGGAGGAACCGGAGGAUGAGAGCUUGUUGGGUGCCAGUGGAGGAGUUUCCAUAGAAACAGGUGCUAGUUCACUUAGCUGGUUACCGUACGGUCAGAUUCUCACACCUCGAGAGGCUGCAACGCCUUCGCCUCAACCGCUAAUGCUGAUGCGGCGAGACUACAGCAUAGAUGAGAAGACUGACGCCCUCUUCCACGAGUUCCUCCGUCACGACCCUCAGUUUGACCAGCAGGAGUCGCCGCAGAGGAAGCACCGCUCACGGAUUCACCUCCGCAAGCAGUGGCAGCGGCACAAGCAGUGGAGCGACCCGGGAGUUAGGUACUUCCAGAGCUCUUUUGAAAGACAGAGAACCCCGCUACGGAGGGGGGACAGUGUGAACUACCCUCUGGACACGAGCUACCACAGCACACUCCCCCGCAUCGUCAGCGCUCCUGACGAGGAGGCCAGCGACAGGACGGGCAGCACACCCGACAGGAAAAACAGGGAGCAGGGUGUCACCGAAAUCACAUCCUCUUCUCCACCACCUUGUGAUCUCUCCCUCUCAGAGCAAGAUGGAGGGCAGGUUGAGCAUCACGACCCUCGGGAAGACAGCAAACAGUCCGGACUCCCUCCUGAUCCCCCGGACGAGCUCUGGCUCCUUCAGGCGCCCGACUCCCCAGGCCACGGCCCGCAGACCAUCACAGCAGAGCUCACGGACAAACUGACUGCUAACCUGGGCGAGAGGCUGUACAUGGGCCUGCGCAGGGCCAGGGACACAGCCGCUGAGUGUGUGGCGGUGACGGCCACACACACUUCUCCGGACCACAGCCCAGUGUAGCAGGGCUCCAGCCGCCCUCCUCGUCACUCCUGCUGAAACAGCUUUUUCUUUCUGUUUGAUUUGUCCCGACUCAGUUUACAUGUCAUAGUCAGCUUGAAUGGUGUGAUCAAGACCCAUAAACACACAAUGGAAAUGUCUGUCUGUCUUCAUAUCUGCUGUCAUUUAAUGUUCAAUGUUGCCAUUUAGCUAAGCUAACUUAUCAAAAAAAAUCUAUUAGUAAUAGUUGUGUUCGUUGAUUGUUUCUGUCUCUACUGCUGCCUUCUUGUCUCUGCUCUCCAGUAUUAAUAAGUGAAGCUGAGGGACAACAUGGCCUCUGUACUUGUUGAUCCACUGUGAAACCAGGUGCUAUUAGAUUAGUAGAAACCUAGAGAUCUGGACGCAACAGCUGGUCCCAUGAUCAUGCAUUGGUGAAAAAUAAGUAUGUUUAUCACUAUUUGUGAGCUAAAAAUGAUUCCAUUGAUGAUUAAUCAAGUCUUGUGAGACACACUGGUUGCUCACACUAGCUGUUUAGAUCAGUAGUUCCUAACCAGUGGCGGUCUUAACUUUUAAGAAAAGUCUGAGAUCAUUUCAGUUAUUUAUAUUUCUUUUUUACACUGAAUUAUAUUUAUUUUUAUAUUGUUUGGUUUUGUCCUAGGCAAUGAGCAGUUAAGGCCAUUUUAAGUCAGUCUGGAAGCCAUGAUAGCAAUUUCUAGGCACACUAAACAUUGAUUUAUUAAAUAUAUUUAGUUGUUAUUUCCAUAAGUUGGCUUACAGCAACCUGUCCAGCUUUGUCAAACUCUUCCAUGCUUGUGGCCAUGUUUUUUUUUUAAAGUAGCUAGUUAUCUAGCAUUGUUGGAAGAUGACAUCCCCAUUCUUUAUCCCGCCUACAAAGCUCUGAUUGGUUGAUGGUUAUCCCCAUUGUUUGAAAAGGUUGUUAAGUGAAUUUUGAUUCAAAACUAGACUUUGCUUGAUUUAAGGGGUAGCUGAAAAGGUUGGGAACCAUUGGUUUAGAUAUAUACACAUAAUACAGUUAGAAAAUGCCAGGAAAGUUAACAAAGUGUCACUUUUGUCUUCAUUAAGUGUCUGACUUGUCAUGAUGUUGGUUGUUUUUGACUGAAAAUGCAUCUAAGCUAUGUGAAAACUGUUGAAUAAGUUGUAAUAUAUAUUUUGGUACAUGCAUUGCUGAAAUGACAAUGUAAACUGAUUGGCAGGUCUGAAGAGGACAGGUUAGGACUUAACAAACCAGACAGCCACUUGCACUUGGCUAUGAUCUUCAUCAGUCACAGAGAUGACAUUAAUCUCCAUGAACUAUGACUCUUAGUGCUUUAGGCAUCACUGACACGAGGCGAGCAGUUACAUUACAGCUUUUAGACAAGAUGGCUGCCCUCACAGACAUUUGGUGUCAAUUUGUAAGAAAGGCAUGCUUUCUUGUGCAUGGGGCUCACAGAACAGUCUUCAUUUAUCCGCAUCUGACAUUCUUGUUUUCUCCUCCUCUCCCUCUUCUCCUGAGAAAGUUGACAGUGAAGUAGAUGCCUCCCUCGGGGGCCGAGGACUUCACUUCCUGCCAGCUUAUAAAACCAGGCUGAACAAAGAUGUUGUUUGUUGUUAGGUCCACUUGGUUUGUUUUCUUUCUCUUUUUUGGCUUCCUCUGUUAAAUUUAAAACAAACCACUACUGCCACUCAAAUGAAACCCCAAUAACAGAUUAUGUUCUGUGGGCAAAGAAUGAUGUUGAAAACACACUUUUGCUCACAGAUCUUAGUUUCUACAUCCUCAGCAGUAGCAGCAGGUUGAUUCUCGCUCAUAAAACCUCGAUCUCAGAGGGGGCUGUUGGGCUUUCCGUUUCUCCCACGUGCGGGGAGGGGAGCCACUGCUGAAGAUGGUGUUGAAUACUAAUCAAAACGAGAAGGAUUUCCACCUUUCAUCCCCCUGCCUCCCCUUCCUCGUUGUUUGAGGCUAUUACCAUGCAGUAAAUUGAAAUCACUGCAUAGAAAAUCAGGGGAGAAAAACAUUAUCCGCCUCUCUUUGUCUGGGUGUGAUGAUGCUCCUUCCCAGCCUGCAUAGAUUAGAUCUCUCCUGGCAGCGUGACAGGAGUCUCCUCUUGUGGCUAAGUGCAGAUGCUGCGUUCCUCAUUAGGAGGGUAGUGACUGAGAUGAAAGAAGGUGAACUCAAAUAAGGAGUAGAAAGUGAUUUGUCUUUGGAUCGCUCUGUUUCCUUCACGCAGGCUCCCCUCCGACACACAUUAUUUCACCAUGAAGAAACAAUGUGCUCAGGCACAAUUUUGUGCAAUCAAAAAUGGUUAUGCCAGCGCUAAUCAGCAAAAAGGAAAUUAAAUCCCCCCCUCUGAUAUAAUGGAGCUGAUGCCUCCCUGAUGAUACAAGUUACUCAGCAGAGAAAGUGGAAUACAGCUUAAUUUCCCACAGAUCUAAAACUAGAAUGUCUUCGAGCUGAAUCAAACACAACAGUCUAAAGGAAUUUGCCAUACGGGGUGAUUUUCCGUACAUGUGUACAAAGAUUGCUGUGUGUACAAGCACAAUGUCACAGGAGCUAAAUGGAUGUCCUUUAUUAGGUUUAGACAGAUGCUGUGUACCUGGAGACACUGUGGUAAAUGGUGUUUGUAAACUAACCAGUAGCCUGUCAAUGCAUCGACGCUGUGUGUAGGUCUGCAUGAGAGUUAACAUUUUAGUAUACAAAUCCUUAUGUUUUCUUAGACUUACGGUACAAGAUUUACCUUGAGUUACUGAUCCUUUGGUAAAAGGCAGAAGCCGAAACAUUGGUAUGACCUAGAGAUUUUGUACUUUUGAGAGUCAUGCUAGAAUGCUGUAACUGAUGAGAUUUUGUGAGAUUUAUCUCUUGAAAAUAGAAGUAUUUCUGUAUUCCUUGCUUGUUAGUAAAUCGCUUAAUUUCUCAAAGAAAACAAAAGAUGAGCUUUCUUAACAACUUUGCUUUUGUUGAUCCAAAUGUAUUGAGCCUUGAGGGACCAAAUGAUAUU